AUCUACUUAAAGGCAAGGGUGGGGCUCCUUCAGCAACUUUCCUGGGACCGUGGCUUCUGGGUGGAGAGGAGCAUUACCCUGCAGAACAAAACCAUGUCUUGCGGACCGGUGUGCACCAACUUGGGUCUCAAACCUGGCCAGCGCCUCAUUGUCAAGGGGAAAAUUUCACCAAGUGCCAAGAGCUUUGUGCUGAAUCUGGGGAAGGAUGCUUCCCAAGUUGCACUUCACUUCAACCCCCGUUUUGAUGCUCAUGGUGAUGUGAACACCAUCGUUUGUAACUCAAAGAAGGUGGAAGAGUGGGGCGCAGAGCACAGGGAGACUGUCUUCCCUUUCCAGAAGGGGGGCACAGCAGAGAUCACUUUUGUCGUCAACCAAAAUGAUCUGACAGUCCACCUGCCAGGCCACCAGUUCACGUUCCCUAACCGGCUUGGUCUCUCUGUCUUUGACUACUUGGAAACACAAGGGGACUUCACACUCCAGUCCAUCAGCUGGGAAUAAGUUCCUCUGACAUAUACAUCACAAAGAUACAGAAAAAGUGAUCAAUAAACAAGAGUUUUGGUCUA